UAUAUAUCGAUCCACAUAUGGUAUGGUGACUUCAGCCAACAAUGCGAGGAGUUCCCAGUGGAUCAGUGCUUUGCCCCAUUGUCUGACAUUGCACUCAGGGUGUCUGAGGUGCAAGAAGAGUUUCGCACACGAAAAGGGAUUAAGGCUGCCAUGAUGAGCGACGAAAGGGAC